AUGAGCUCCAGGACCUUGGUCGGGCUGCGAUCGACUACAUCGACACACCUGCAACGCAGUGGUGUUGCUGCCGCUACCGCCGUCAGCAGUAGUAGUACUAGUAGUAGUGGCAGUGCCCCGCGUCGAUGUCUUUCCUCGGCUUCCGGUCGGCAAGUGCAGCAGAGUGCCGAGUUCUCCUCCAGCAGCAAAACUUGGGAUCGUUUAGGUCGCCGCGCCAAGGAGAAGCUCCUAGACCGCGAAUUCUUCCUCAGCUUGUUGAACUCCGCCUCAACCAAGCGUGAGGCCAAAUCUUAUUUGGCCCGUCUCAAAGCUCAACACCAAGGAACUACUCCCCUGAAGCCGGCCGCCAAGCAAUCCGGAGUAUCGGAAGCGACAGCACCAGUGUCGUCGGGUGCCAGUUCAACCUCAUUCUAUGGCGCCUCCCGAUCGGUCUAUGACAGCCCCGUCUUCAGACAUGACUCAACUCCAACACCUCCCCUUCAAGAUGUGUCCGAGCGCCUGCACCUGGCCCUGGUCAAGAUAACCACUCCGCAGCUUCUCGAUGACUCGACCGUCAACGGCGUGGCCAAAACCCUCUCGCAGCUGAAUCGUCUGGGAAUGGCUUGUUGUGUGGUAGUCGACCCGGGCACAGCAGGCGAUCCUAACAAACUGCGGAGGAUUGCGGCCGAGCAGGCAGAUCGCAUCUCAACAGCUGUGGAUGCCCAGCCGGACUCGAAAUCAGCUCACAUCGACUCUGUCCUAUCCGUUUCUGCGCUAAACCCUGAGGCGCCCAAAGUCCUAUCCCGGAAGGUACUGCUCGGGCCGUUGCGCGAUGGUCACGUCGUGGUCUUGGCCCCCAUUGCUUACACAGAAGACGUUCCUCGAGCAGUGACAGUCUCGGCCAGCGAUGCCAUCCUGGCCCUCACCAAAGAGCUGGCCGGACUGGCAACAAAUCCUGACCCUGAUGAAGACCCAAUACUGACGGCCCAACGGAUCGCGGCCCUGCAGGAGGAAGUGUCUUUGGAUCGAGUUAUCCUCCUGGACCCCUUGGGCGGGAUUCCUGCUUUCAGUGGGCCUCAGACAUCCCAUGUUUUCAUUAAUAUGGAACAGGAAUUCGACGAUAUUGAGAACGAGUUGCUGCGGGUGUGGCAGUCGGCAGCAUCUGCAAAGAAUAAUCUUCCUGAGGAAGGUUUACCGUCCAUUGCUGAUAGCAAUCCUCUCUCCAAAUUCGCCGACACGGAAGUCGUCCCAGUGCCCCCUAGUCAAAAAGCGUACUCGGCAGACCUAACCUUGGAUACAAGCAUGGUGGAGGGCCACUUGAAUAAUCUGCGACUAAGCCAAGCCGCACUGGCGAUGCUACCCUCGGCAUCGUCUAGUAUCAUCACCUCCCCACUCGAAGUUGCAAAUUCAGCACAGAGCCCCGGAGGCGCUAGUCCAGAUGUAUCAGCUGUUGGAACCCGACGACAGAGGAACCCGCUCAUCCAUAAUCUUCUGACCGACAAGCCUUUGCUCUCGUCUUCUUUGCCCCUAAGCCGACGUGCAGCCCUAAAUGGCAGAGGGGACUCGAUUGUUACACAGGCCUCCCACACCACGUUUGUCAAGCGAGGCAUGCCGCUGACCAUCAUUCCGAAUCCAUGGCUUUCACCUUGGACGGCCAGAGAUCGACCGCCCCUGGGGCUCGAUGAUCCCUCGAUCGACCUGCCCCGACUGGUUCAUCUCAUCGAGGAUUCCUUUAACCGCAAACUUGACGUACAAGACUACCUCAACCGAGUCAACGGUCGCCUGGCCGGACUCAUCAUUGCAGGGGAGUAUGAAGGAGGCGCCAUCUUGACCUGGGAGCUUCCUCCCGGCGUAGAGGAUGAUGGAAGUGAGGCGAGCCAAGCUCGCAUGGUUCCCUAUCUGGACAAGUUUGCCGUUCUGAAACGUAGUCAAGGUGCCGGUGGUGUGGCCGAUAUCGUCUUCAAUGCAAUGGUGCGCUCUUGUUUUCCGAAUGGCGUGUGCUGGCGCAGCCGCAAGGACAAUCCGGUGAACAAGUGGUACUUUGAGCGCUCUCAGGGGACAUGGAAAUUAUCGGAUAUGAAUUGGACCAUGUUCUGGACUACUCCAGGACUGACGGACGAUUCUCAAAAGUUUCGGGAUUACGAGGCCGUGUGCCACAGUAUCCAGCCGAGCUGGGCUGAUGACACCGGUGUUGUGGAUUGA